GAAGAACGAAGUACAAUUGAUUGUGGCCAAUCCUUUCAGUUUUUAGCAGUUGCAGCUUUCCUGACUAUUUAUUUUGCAACUUCCAGCUAAACUUUUAUCGACAUUGGCUUUCAUUUCAUAUGCGCGUACGAGCAAAAGGGAAAUACUACUUCUACCUACUAAUUUUUAUACAUAUUAAAAUUUAUACUGGUUCAAGUACUGCUAAAAUAUCUGGACAUAAAAUGCUACAAAAUCUAAUAAAAUCUGUAAGAAAAAACCAUCGAUUAUUUUCACGAGGAUUUAGUCUGAGUGGCAAUAAAAAUACCGAGAAAUUGGCUGAUGGUCCCCUUCAUGGAAUCCGUGUUUUAGACCUUACAAGGAUUCUUGCAGGACCAUUUGCAACAAUGAUUCUCGGAGAUUUGGGAGCAGAGAUUAUCAAAAUUGAGAAGCCAAAUUCUGGCGAUGACACCCGAACAUGGGGUCCUCCUUUCAUCAAUAAUGAAUCGUGUUACUUUGUUUCGAUAAACAGAAAUAAGAAAAGCAUGGCAAUAGAUAUGAAACGUGGACAAUCCAUUCUUCACGAUUUGGUUAAAAAGUGCGAUGUCUUGGUGGAGAAUUUUGUCCCUGGUACUUUGGACAGAUUUAACAUGGAUUACGAAUCUCUGCGAAAGGUGAACCCAAAAUUAAUUUACUUGUCAAUUUCUGGAUACGGUUCCACCGGGCCUUACGUGAAUAGAGGAGGCUACGAUGUGAUAUCGUCCUCCUUGGGCGGCUUACUCUCCAUCACAGGACCUCGUGGAGGGGAGCCUUGCAAAGUGGGGGUCGCAUAAACGGAUAUAUGUACCGGAUUAUAUGCACACGGUGCAAUCGUUGUGGCACUUAUGAACCGGACUAAAACAAAAAUGGGUCAACGAAUUGAAUGUAAUUUGCUAUCAACACAAUUAUCUUGUCUUACACAUCUCGCUUCAAAUUACUUGAAUGCCGGAAUAAAUGCAACCAAAUGGGGAACCGCACAUGAAAGCAUAGUUCCAUAUCAGUCUUUCAAAACGAAGGGAGGGGAUUGGAUUACGAUUGGGACCGGGAACAAUGAGCUGUUUCUACAACUUUGUAAUGCACUUGGUUUGGAAAACAUCAAAACGGAUAGCAGAUUUCUAACCAAUUCGCUGAGGGUGCAAAAUAGGGAAGCGUUGAUUUCAAUUCUGUCAAAAACUAUAGAAAACGAAACAUGCAACUUUUGGCUCGAGAAAUUUGAAGGCUAUAAAUUUCCUUACGGCCCUGUAAACAGUAUUCAGCAGGCUUUCGAUGAUCCACAGGUAAAGCAUAAUGACAUCGUGAAAAGCGUCGGCCCAUACAAAGUGGUUGGACCGGUGGUGAAAUUCAGCUCAGGAGGAAAUCACAUCCGAACGAUGCCUCCAAAAUUGGGAGAACAUACAAAAGAAAUUCUUCAAUCCUUGUUAAACUACACUGAAGCUGAAAUUGAUGCUUUAUUCAAAUCGUCAAUAGUACAGUAAUAUCUAUUACAUGGUUCAAUAAUUUUCUGUAUUGAAUAAUGUGAAGUGCUCUUGUUGCUGUUAUCAUAAUAAAUAAAUUCACAUUA